CUGCCAUCCAUUCACGGCACGAUGAUUUCUCAUGUACAGACGAGCUGGCUCUAUUAUUUAUUAACCCCACACGGUCGCACCAGGUAUCGGUUAUUCAGUCCCCAAUUGUUCGAUCCAGGAUAGGGAAGCCUAGCGCAACUCAACUGCUGAGCAGAAUAUCACACACAACAUAAUGGCUGCAACAAUUUCCAGUGGCCUCCAGAAGGCCCAGGAUGUCAUCAAGAGUGCUGCUUCCAAGGACAAGAAGGUGGUGGAUCUGGCGCGCAACACAGAAAACGUCAACGAAUCCAAGGAGACUUUGAGAAGUGACCACGGCGUCGCUAUCAGCGAUACUGACCACUGGCUGAGAGUCGUGGACAAAAACCACACGGGCCCAUCAUUGCUGGAGGACCAGUUUGCCAGAGAAAAGAUUCAUCGUUUCGACCAUGAGCGUAUUCCGGAACGAGUAGUGCAUGCCCGUGGAACUGGUGCCUUUGGAAACUUCAAGCUCAAGGAGAGCAUUGAGGAGCUUACUUCUGCCGGCAUUUUGACCGACACCUCACGAAACACUCCCGUCUUCGUCCGCUUCUCGACAGUGCAGGGAAGCAAGGGCAGUGCCGAUACCGUCCGUGAUGUUCGAGGAUUUGCCGUCAAGUUCUACACCGACGAGGGUAACUGGGAUAUUGUCGGAAACAACAUUCCUGUCUUCUUCAUCCAGGAUGCCAUUAAGUUCCCCGACUUCGUUCACUCCGUCAAGCCUGAACCUCACAACGAGGUUCCCCAAGGACAGUCAGCUCACAACAACUUCUGGGACUUCGUCUUUCUUCACCCGGAGGCCACGCACAUGUUCCACUGGACCAUGUCUGACCGUGCUAUCCCACGAUCUUACCGUAUGAUGCAGGGAUUUGGUGUCAACACAUUCAGCCUGGUCAACAAGCAGGGCAAGCGCCAUCUUGUCAAGUUCCACUGGAUCCCUCACCUUGGUGUUCACUCUCUGGUCUGGGAUGAGGCUCUGAAGCUGGCUGGACAGGACCCUGACUUCCACCGCAAGGACCUCAUGGAGGCCAUCGACAACAAGGCAUACCCCAAGUGGGACUUUGGAAUCCAGGUGAUUCCCGAGGAGGACCAGGACAAGUUCGAAUUCGACCCUCUGGAUGCCACCAAACUCUGGCCCGAGGAUCAGUUCCCCGUCCGCAUUAUUGGAGAGAUGGAGCUGAACCGGAACGUGGACGAAUUCUUCCCCCAGACUGAGCAGGUUGCUUUCUGCACCAGCCACAUCGUCCCCGGUAUCGAAUUCUCCAACGACCCUCUGCUCCAGGGCCGUAACUUCUCCUAUUUUGAUACUCAGAUCACCCGUCUGGGCCCCAACUGGGAAGAGCUCCCAAUCAACCGACCUGUCUGCCCCGUCCUGAACCACAACCGCGAUGGCGCUAUGCGUCACAAGAUCACCGCUGGCACGGUGAACUACUGGCCAAACCGUUUCCAGGCUGUCCCUCCAACGAAGCCUGAGAACGGCGGAUUUGUCUCUUACCCGGAGAAGAACCAGGGCUUCAAGCAGCGUGCUCUGAGCGACAAGUUCCGCGAGUACCACAAGCAGGCCCAGUUGUUCUAUAACUCCAUGUCGGAACACGAGAAGCUCCACAUGGCCAAGGCCUUCAGCUUUGAGCUGGACCACUGCGAUGACCCCAUCGUUUACGAGCGUAUGGCACUGCGUCUGGCUGAGAUCGAUCUCGGCCUUGCCCAGAAGGUUGCUGAGAAUGUUGGUGCUCCUAUCCCCACCAAAGCCCUUAUGGUGAACCAUGGCAAGACCGCACCGCAUCUCUCUCAACUCGAAUUCGCACCCAGGGUGCCAACCAUCGCGAGCCGUCGCAUCGCUAUCCUCAUCGGAGACGGUUAUGACCCUGUCGCUUUCACUGGCAUCAAGAACGCUGUCAAGGCCGCCAAGGCCCUACCUUUCAUCAUUGGUACCAAGCGCUCUCCUAUCUUCGCCGACGGCGAGGACAAGUCAACUAGCAAGGGUGUUACCCCAGACCACUUCUAUGACGGUAUGCGCUCGACCAUGUUCGAUGCGACCUUCAUCCCCGGUGGUUCGCACAUCAAGACCCUGGCCAAGAACGGCCAGAUCAGGUACUGGAUCAGCGAAACCUUUGGCCACCUGAAGGCUCUCGGUGCUACCGGCGAGGCUGUCGACCUCGUCAAGGAAACCCUCUCCAUCGUGCCCGGUCUCAAGGUCGCCAACGCCGGCAGCAGCGGCGUCACAGAAUGGUACGGUGUCGUCACUGCCCACGGUACGCAAAAGCCGGAGAACUUCAGCGAGACCAUCAAGAUCCUCAAGGACGCCAAGGACUUUGUUGGCCAGUUCUUCUACCAGAUCUCUCAGCACAGGAACUUCAAGCGUGAGCUGGACGGUUUGGCCUCGACGGUUGCUUUCUAAAAUCGAGUUGCAACCUGGAAAUGUGAGAAUGAGAUACACGAACUUGAAGCAAAUAUUAAUGACGUGCUGGGCUCGUAUGGGAAUCGAGACUGCUAUGGAAUGUAUCUAAUGUAUGACUUUCUUAGUGUAACAGUAAAACCAAAUGAUAUUCUAACCUAAUACCCGAACGAUUUCCAAGAACGUUUUCGUAACACAUUUUCUUG